ACAGCCCAGGCUCAGGAAGGAACGCUCUUCGGGGGUACCUGCUGUGGGCUGAUGAGACCCGGUUUUCGUGGGGCCACUCUCUGCUUACGCCUGCUGUGCCCUCUCCACAGCUCUGCCUGAAGUUUGCCUUGACGCACAAUGGAAGGUCCUCGCUCAGACGUGGGCCGCUGGGGUGGGAAUCCCUGGCAGCCCCCUACCACGCCGUCACCAGAGCCAGAGCCAGAGCCAGACAGACGCUCGCGUUCCCGCCGAGGAGGAGGCCGCUCCUUCUGGGCUCGCUGCUGUAGCUGCUGUUCCUGCGGGAACAGAGCUGAUGAUGACUGGGGGCCUGAGCCUUCUGGCUCCAGAAGCCGAGGGUCCAGCUCUCGGGGUGGCCGGAGACCUGAGUCUCGGGGCAGCGCUGUGAACGCAGCUGGAGAUGGUACCAUCCGAGAGGGCAUGCUGGUUGUGACUGGCGUGGAUCUGCUGUGUUCACGCUCGGACCAGAACCGCCGAGAGCACCACACGGAUGAGUUUGAGUACGAUGAGCUGAUUGUGCGCCGUGGGCAGCCCUUCCACAUGGUCCUCAUCCUGAACCGAGAAUAUGAGUCCUCUGAUCGCAUCGCCCUGGAGCUGCUCAUCGGAAACAGUCCCGAGGUGGGCAAGGGUACCCACGUGAUCAUCCCGGUGGGCAGGGGGGGCAGCGACGGCUGGAAGGCCCAAGUGACCAAGGCCAGUGGGCACAACCUCAACCUCCGCGUCCAUACCUCCCCUAACGCCAUCAUCGGCAAAUUUCAAUUCACUGUCCGCACACGCUCAGAAGCUGGAGAGUUCCAGUUGCCCUUCGACCCUCGCAAUGAGAUCUACAUCCUCUUCAACCCCUGGUGCCCAGAGGACUUGGUGUACGUGGACCAUGAAGACUGGCGUCAAGAAUAUGUGCUUAACGAGUCUGGACGAAUCUACUACGGAACAGAAGCACAGAUUGGUGAACGGACCUGGAAUUAUGGCCAGUUUGAUCAUGGGGUGCUAGAUGCCUGUCUGUACAUCCUGGAUCGGAGAGGGAUGCCCUAUGGAGGUCGUGGGGACCCAGUCAGCGUCUGCCGGGUCAUCUCUGCCAUGGUGAACUCCCUGGAUGACAAUGGAGUCCUGAUUGGGAACUGGACUGGCGAUUACUCUCGAGGCACCAACCCCUCCGCGUGGGUGGGCAGCGUGGAGAUCCUGCUUAGCUACCUGCGCACCGGCUAUUCUGUCCCCUAUGGCCAAUGCUGGGUCUUUGCUGGUGUUACCACCACAGUGCUGCGAUGCCUGGGCCUUGCCACCAGGACUGUCACCAACUUCAACUCUGCCCACGACACCGACACGUCCCUCACUAUGGACAUCUACUUCGACGAAAACAUGAAGCCACUUGAGCAUCUGAACCACGAUUCUGUCUGGAACUUCCAUGUGUGGAAUGACUGCUGGAUGAAGAGGCCAGACCUGCCCUCAGGCUUUGAUGGGUGGCAGGUGGUGGAUGCCACACCCCAGGAGACCAGCAGUGGCAUCUUCUGCUGUGGCCCCUGCUCCGUGGAGUCCAUCAAGAACGGCUUAGUCUACAUGAAGUACGACACACCCUUCAUUUUCGCCGAGGUGAAUAGUGACAAGGUCUACUGGCAGCGGCAGGACGAUGGCAGCUUCAAGAUCGUGUAUGUGGAGGAGAAGGCCAUCGGCACACUCAUUGUCACAAAGGCCAUCAGCUCCAACAUGCGCGAGGACAUCACCCACACCUAUAAGCACCCGGAAGGCUCAGAAGCAGAGCGGAGAGCUGUGGAGAAGGCUGCCGCCCAUGGCAGCAAGCCCAAUGUGUAUGCUACCCGGGACUCGGCUGAGGACGUGGCCAUGCAGGUGGAGGCCCAGGACGCCGUGAUGGGACAGGAUCUGGCAGUCUCCGUGGUGCUGACCAAUCGUGGCAGCAGCCGUCGCACUGUGAAGCUACACCUCUACCUCUCUGUCACCUACUACACUGGUGUCACUGGGUCUACCUUCAAGGAGGCCAAGAAGGAAGUGGUACUGGCCCCAGGAGCGUCGGACUCUGUGACCAUGCCUGUGGCCUACAAGGAAUACAGGCCCCACCUUGUGGACCAGGGGGCAAUGCUGCUCAAUGUGUCAGGCCACGUCAAGGAGAGUGGGCAGGUACUAGCCAAGCAGCACACCUUCCGUUUGCGCACCCCAGACCUCUCUCUUACGUUACUGGGAGCAGCCGUCGUUGGCCAGGAAUGUGAAGUACAGAUCGUGUUCAAGAACCCCCUGCCCGUCACCCUCACCAACGUUGUCUUCCGGCUCGAAGGUUCUGGGUUACAGAGACCCAAGGUCCUCAACGUUGGGGACAUCGGGGGUAACGAGACAGUCACCCUGCGCCAGACAUUUGUGCCUGUGCGACCAGGCCCCCGUCAGCUCAUUGCCAGCCUGGACAGCCCACAGCUCUCCCAAGUACACGGUGUCAUCCAAGUGGACGUGGCCCCAGCCUCUGGGGGUGGAGUUUUCUCAGAUGCUGGAGGUGACAGUCGCUUGGAGGAAAGCAUACCUAUGGCCUCUCGAGGUGGAGCUUAGCCCCGGGCCAGGAGCAAUGAGACUGGAAUCAGAUGAAUAAGGACAUUGCCCCAUCGUGGGGGACCACCACAAAGUAGCUCCCCAGGCUCAGGCAGGAAGGCUGGGCACUUGGGGAGGCAGUGGAUCUUCACCUGUGCUGAUAAUAAACGGUUUGUUUGUUUUUUUAAAUGAAGAUGCUAUUUAGUA